AUUUUUAUUUAAUGAUAAAUAUUGUAAAAACUUUUCAUCAUUAUUCUAGUUCCCUUUAAGUUUAUUGCUAACAGCCAAAGGAUCAGAAAUGGUAUUUAAAAAAAAAUGAUAUAAAUAGGUUGUUGAAGUUAAAGCUGGAGAUACAUAUCAUGGUAAAUUAGAAUAAUUAGAUAAAUUUAUGAAUGUAAAAUUAACGAAUGUUAAACAUACAUCAAAAGUAAUUGUUUUUUCUUAUGAUUUUUAUUAGGAUGGGAAUUCAUUUCAUGGAAUAAAAGAAUUACUUAUUAAAGGAAAUUCGAUUAAGUAUUUUAGAUUGGUAUGAAUAGUAAUAUUGAUAUUUAAGAAUCCUAAUGCUGAGAAAAAAGCUUAAGAGGAGGCUGAAAUAUGUAAAUCUUCAAUUAAUAUUAGAUGAGUAGCAAUAAUAGUAAAAAUAAUAAAAGCAAAAUGAAUAAAAAUAAUAAAGGAAAGCUCAAAAUUAAAAACCCCGCGGAAAAUCAUUUCCUUAGAAACAAUCUUAACAGAGAAGAUGAG